AUGAAUCGAGUAAUAUCAGCAAAAAAAUUAACAAAAAAGGAUACAAACUCCCGUCAAACUUCUAUUCAAGUGGCCUUAAAUUUUCUUGAAACACAAAAAAAAACUAGUUCAGCUCCACCCUUAAGUGUUUGUCAAGUUGCUUCAAAUUAUGGAGUAGCUGAACAAACACUAUGUGAUGCUAUAGCCAAAGGUUUAUUUCUUCUCCAAAACCAAACUCAUAAACAUAAUACAAGAAUUAAUAGACUUACACAGCUUGAAAAUAAAAAUAAAAAUUUGCGUGAAUAUAUUCAACAAUUAGAGCAUCCUGGGACAACUUCUUUGGCUUUGAUUAUGAACUAUCCACAACCACAGCAACAACCUGCUGAGAAAAAACCCCAAGCCUGA